GCCCCUGGCGCGCGGAGUCCCGCGGCGCACGCUCGGUUCGCUCCGCUUACAGCUGAAAGGAGUUGAGGCUGGGAGUUGGCCAACCUCAAUCACCUGUCGGAAGCCCGCCCCAGGGCGCGCUGAUAACUGCAGCCUCGGCUGGCGGCCUCCUCCGCGCCGGGACGCCAAGGCCAGGGUGGCAGGUGUGGGAGCUGCUCCCCGAGACACCCGCUCCCCAGCUCCCUGCUCGCCCUUUCGCCUCCAGGUGCCAGCGAUUUAGCGCGCCCCGAAGGCCAACAGCCUCAGGCGCCAGGGCUGCGGGUUCGAGAGGCUCCGCCUCCUUCUAUCAAUUAGAACCAAAAACGCCAAGCCGGAACCUUCCCACUCGAUCUUAAGCUGCGGUCACUGCUGAGUUUCUUCAGAACUUCGCAAGAAAGGGCCAGCCAGGACCUUUGCCUCCAACCUACGCCGCGCCAGUUGGGGACACCUGCAGGCCUGGGAGGUCCCGCUUUUCUCCGGGCACCGACGCCCCAACUUUUAAGGAGCGGUCUGCGCUCCCCGAUUGACUGUCGAGCUCCUGUGCCAAGGGGCGCACUGGUCUUUCCAGGGCCGGCAACCCUCUCUCCCCCGCUCGCCCUCCUCCUCCCCCGAGCGGGUUGUGGGGCUGGGUGAGUCCGAAUCUGCAGUACACUUGAGCGUUCCCAAAGCUCCGGGUUCGCCCCCCUCACCUCGGACCCGACGGUCGAGUAGGGACAGAGCCCGGGUGAUCCAGGCCUUUUACUGCCAAACUUUAAUCGGCCUCCGUCUGUCCUUUCCGAACUCGGGUGCCGAAGCGGAUCGGCCGGGCGAGCGGGCGGCGGAGCAUCGAGGCGCUCGGAGCCGCGUCUCCCGUCGGGUGCUGAGCGCACCAUGGCCGGCUGCUGCUGCCUGUCGGCGGAGGAGAAGGAGUCGCAGCGCAUUAGCGCCGAGAUCGAGCGGCAACUUCGCCGGGACAAGAAGGAUGCGCGCCGCGAGCUCAAGCUGCUGCUGCUGGGAACCGGUGAAAGUGGCAAAAGCACCUUCAUCAAGCAGAUGAGGAUUAUCCACGGGUCUGGUUACAGCGACGAAGACAGAAAGGGGUUCACAAAGCUGGUUUACCAAAACAUUUUCACCGCCAUGCAAGCCAUGAUCCGCGCCAUGGACACCCUGCGGAUCCAGUAUGUGUGUGAGCAGAAUGAGGAUAACGCACAGCUGAUCAGAGAGGUGGAAGCAGACAAGGUGUCCGCGCUCUCCAGGGACCAGGUGGAGGCCAUCAAGCAGCUGUGGCAGGACCCAGGGAUCCAGGAGUGCUACGACAGGCGGAGGGAGUACCAGCUGUCGGACUCUGCCAAGUAUUACCUGACUGACAUUGACCGGAUCGCCAUGCCGUCAUUCGUGCCAACGCAGCAGGACGUGCUUCGUGUCCGAGUGCCCACAACCGGCAUCAUUGAGUAUCCGUUUGACUUGGAAAACAUCAUCUUUCGGAUGGUGGAUGUUGGCGGCCAGCGAUCUGAAAGGCGGAAAUGGAUUCACUGCUUUGAGAGUGUCACCUCCAUUAUUUUUCUGGUUGCUCUGAGUGAAUAUGACCAGGUCCUGGCCGAGUGCGACAAUGAGAACCGCAUGGAGGAGAGCAAAGCCUUAUUUAAAACCAUCAUCACUUACCCCUGGUUUCUGAACUCAUCGGUGAUUUUGUUCUUAAACAAGAAGGAUCUUUUGGAAGAGAAGAUCAUGUACUCUCAUCUAAUUAGCUAUUUUCCUGAAUACACUGGACCAAAGCAAGACGUCAAAGCUGCCAGAGACUUUAUCCUGAAGCUUUAUCAAGAUCAGAAUCCCGACAAAGAAAAAGUCAUCUAUUCCCACUUCACGUGUGCUACAGACACAGAGAAUAUCCGCUUUGUGUUUGCUGCUGUGAAAGACACAAUUCUACAGCUGAACCUGAGGGAAUUCAACCUAGUUUAAAAGCUGCUCCCCACUCCUCACCCAGGCUCCAAGACUGGGCUUGCAAGCCUCCUGCUUUGUUUGCAAGUGCUUCUGACAUCACCCGCCCAGCCCACUGGGCGGCACCAAGUCCCCCACGCAGGCCACAGGGACAGGGACGGGUGAUGAAGCUUGUUAAGAUAUCUGAGUUCAGCAAAACUUUUUCAAAGUCUUUAUUCCUAAAUUGUUUUUAUAUUUCUUUUCUUAAUUUUAGGCUACAAGAUUCUCCAUAAUUUUUUGAUUUGAUAUUUUAUAGAAUUUAAAAGCCACUGUGAUUUAUGGUUUUUUUUUUUUUUAAAGUGUGUAUAAUAAUAGCCAUUAAAAAUCACAUUACAGAGGAGCCUGUCAGUUUAUAGAUUAGGCUUUGAGACUUUUAGGAUUAGUUUGGGUGACUUUUUUUUUUUAAAGAAAGUUAAUGGCCUUGAAGCUUUAUAUUAAAUUUUAUAAUUGAAUGCUUUUCUCUCUUCAUGCUUAAGUAUAUACCUUUAACAUGCAACCAAAGAUUUUUUUUUUAAACAGUUGGUUCUCCUUUGUGUUAACUUUCUAAGUCAAAUUAAUGACUAUCAGUAUUUCUAAUUUAGUUUUGCCAUAAUUUGAUCACUCUGAUACCAAAGUUUUUGACUUAAGAUAAAUGGGCAGUAGAUAGCAUGUAUGUUAUACUGGUUAAAAAAAUAAUAAAGUGUGUAUAUUUAUAUAUAUAUGUAUUCCAAUGUAGAUGUCCAGGUCUUAUAAACUUAUGAAAUAGCUAAAAGCCCAAUAUGUUUAACAGAUGUAAUGUAACCCCUGCCAAAGUUCUGAUAGCCACCAGAGAUUUCCUGUUUGAACCAUGUAUGCUGUGCCUUUCUGAGAAGGCUAAGAAUAUAUACCAUUCUGCCAUUAGCA